AUGCCUGGGUUUACCGUGAUCGCAGUUAGUAUGGAUAUUUUUGAUGGUCAGGAUACGACAAUAUCUGAUGAAAAGCAGUCAGACACCACACCCAAUGUCUCAGCGAGCCGGAUAAUUUCCUUGGAGUCUGAGAUUGGUUAUCAUACGAUUGAACGCAGCACAGAGGAGGAGGAGGAUACAGUUAAAGCUGUCCACAGCCAGCCCCAACGAUCUAGCUGGCUGCGUCUGAGUGCUGUUACACCAUUGGUAAAUAAUGUUAGUAUGGAUAUUUUUGAUGGUCAGGAUACGACAAUAUCCGAUGAAAAGCAGUCAGACACCACACCCAAUGUCCCAGCGAGCCGGAUAAUUUCCUUGGAGUCUGAGAUUGGUUAUCGUACGAUUGAACGCAGCACAGAGGAGGAAGAGGAUACAAUUAAAGCUGUCCACAGCCGGCCCCAACGAUCUAGCUGGCUGCGUCUGAGUGCUGUUACACCAUUGGUAAAUAAUGUUAGUAUGGAUAUUUUUGAUGGUCAGGAUACGACAAUAUCCGAUGAAAAGCAGUCAGACACCACACCCAAUGUCCCAGCGAGCCGGAUAAUUUCCUUGGAGUCUGAGGUUGGUUUGGAUAUUUUUAAUGGUCAGGAUAUGACAAUAUCCAAUGAAAAGCAGCCAGACACCACACCCAAUGUCUCAGCGAGCCCGAGAAUUUCCUUGGAGUCUGAGGUUGGUCUGAUUGAUUUUAAAAGUACAAAUAAAAGAUCAGAUCAGCAGUUGCAGAUUAAGGAGUUUAAAACCUCAUCAAGCCGCUCAGAGUUUUUAAGCAAGUGCUCAGCAAGCUCUAGACAUUCCUCACUGCCUGAAAAAAAUAAACCAAUUAUCUCAAUACCAGUUGUAAGACAUGCCACAGUUCCGAACGAUAAAGACAUAGUGGAAAUAAUGGAUGAGAAUCAAUAUAAAAUGCCCCAACCGACGCAACGCCGGGGUAGCUGGCAGAAUCAGACUGACCUCACACUAAUUUCACAUAUUCCUGGUAUGGAUGCUGCCGAUGAUGAAACAAUAAUAUCUAAAGAAAAGCCAUCAGGAUCGUUGUACCAGGACACCACAUUGAGCCAUGCAACACGCUCACAGAGUACCCAAGUCGAUGUGGCUCCUUCGGAAAGUGAAAAUAAAAGAUCAAAAGAUCAGCAGUUCCAGUCAAAGGGCUUUAAAACCUCAAGCAAGUCCCCAGUGCUCUCUAAACGUUGCCCGAAAUCUGCAAAGAAGACGUCAAUUAUCCCAAUACCAGCUGUUGUUCCAGAUACAUUAGAUGAUGAGGAUAUGACAAUAUUCAAUCAAAAGCAGUCAGACUCGACUCCGAGUGAUAUUCUGAAUACCAAGAUCUCAAAGGUGGAGGAGGAUGAAUAUAAAAUGGACAAUCUGAUAAGAAUAAACGCUAGUGUGCUUAAUUUAAAUACUCACUCAAAGACAACCAUUGAUCUGGUUCCAGAUUUCAAUGAGGAGGAUACAACAAUGUUUGAUGAAAAUGACUCCCAGGACUCACACUUGAGACAUAGCCUUGAAGGGAGUUCAAGGAGUACUGGAGAUUCAAUGCUGCCUGAAAAAGAUAAAUUAAUCUCAAAAUUCAAUGCAAGGCGUCCCUCGGUGGAUAAUUCUCCAACUCCUAGUCAUCUUCUGGGUGUAAAGAUCUCAGCUCUUGAUACUCAUGGAACGACCCUUACUGAAAACAAAGAAGAAGGGUGGCUGAAGGAGGCGAAAAGUAAUAUAUUUAGUGAUCUUGUGAGCAGGAAGGUCACAGCGGAAGAUAAGCUUCAAAAACCAGUACCCAUGAAGAUAACCAGCAGCACCACACAAUUUUCCAAUCCCUUCCCAGUGACUAGUUAUUUGAUUCCUGAGGUCUCCCAGCAACCGAAAACUUCAAGCAUUUUCUCAGCACGCACAAAAAGGUUCUCGAAGGAAUUUAAUAUUUCAGCGACCUCAAAAAACCCCGAAAGUAACGGCACAAACGACUCAACUCUUAUACAAUCUCAUUUUAUAUCUGACCAGAUCUUGGGUGUACAGGAUCAAGAGAUUACCAGUCUUCACCCAGAAAGCUCAAGUAAUUUCAAAAUUAUUGAUCUCCUUAAGAAUUCAAGUGACGCACAACAUCUGGAAGUCGGUCUGAUUCAACCCAGCCCAUCUGUUUCCAUGAUGGACUUGACAGAAGACCGUUUAUUAUACCCGUACAAGUCCUCAAGCAACUCAAAACAAUCAGAAAGAGCUCAUGAUGAGAAAUCAAUGAUCCUCAAUGUUCAGAACCCAGAGGUUUAUGAGCCUGAGAUUAAUGGGCCAGAGGUUCAGGGGCCAAAACUUGAGGAGCUCAAGAUUCAGAGAUAUGGAGUUCAGGAACCUGAGCCUAAAAUUCAGGAGCCAGUGCCGAAGGUUCAGGGGCCCAUGGGUCAGGAGCAGGAAACAGGGUUAACAAGGGCACAUGAUUCAGAAGAAGGGCGCGAAAAUGAUCUUGGGGUACCUGAUGCGCCAACGGAUGUGCUUGUGACAUUCACAAGCUAUCCAGAAGUUGCAGAACUACCUGAAAUUGUGGUAGUGCCCCUUAGGGCAACGAGCAAAGAGAAGACCCAAGGUACAGUUGAGGCCAAGACACUUAAAGCUACAAAAUGCAAACGUCAAAGGACAGUGAAGCGUGAAUUGACUAAACCUUCAGUCCACCCCCUGGCUGAGCAUGAGGACAAGGAUCAACCAGUCAUAGUGAAAGAUGAACCAGACAAAAUAAUUCGGGCCGCACUGGAAGAACUUGAAGUUGAAGAAAAGGCAGUAGAACAGAGGGUUUUAAAAUGCAGGCCAAGAAACUCAGUAGAGCCAAAAAAGAACCAUUCACAAAGAAACACUGACUCGCUGCAAACAGGAAUAAUGACGUUUCCAGUAACAAUGAUUUCAGGCCCACAAACCGAACCUAUGAGCUAUGCAGCCAACACAUCUACAGCCAGCUCAUUUUAUCCAGCAGGCAAGAACCAGUCCCAUCCUGGGUUACAAGAAUCCACCGAGAAGAAACAGCAACCUCAAAAUACUGUGGAAACCAGAAAGGCAUUUGGUUUCAGAAAAGAUGAGCAAGCCGCUGUACACAUCCUGCCGAAGGGUCUUGAUCUGGAUUCCCCUAUAGCGGAGACAGAUAGCAUUGGAAUUUUGAUUCCCUCGGUGCUGAAUGAACUGGAAGCAGAAGAGUGGAAAAAGAGCUUCAAAUCGGAGAGAAAGAUGCGUGGUUCUUCAAGAGAAAAUCAAAAGAUGCAUUGUUCAAAACGAAAAUCAACGAUUCGAAAAUUAGUGGUUGCAGAUCGACAGAAAAACAUCUUGUGCUUCUUGCCGCCUGGCCGAAAGAAGAUUACAAAAGAAGAUUAUCCAGUGGUUCUAAUACAAUCCAAGGAACAACAGACGACUCUUAUCACAAGAUCCAAAAAGGAGAGAGGAAAGUCGUGGAGUGAAGCCUGCCAUGUAGCAAAAUCUCAACAUUCUCCAGACAAGAAGAUUUUCAAGACCAAUGUAGUCAGAACAUCGGGGUCUUCCACAGGUGAUCCACUGACUGUGCAUGACCUUGAUGUGGAAUACCCUGCGGACAGCAAGUACAAACAGUUGGUGACUGCGGCACAGAAAGAGCUUGAAAUGGAACAGCAGCAGGAGAGUGUGCAGCAACAAAGCGAGCAGGAAAGCGGGCAGGAGGUGAACCCCAACAUCAGCAGGUCACACAAGGGGCAGGAGCAGAAGCCCCCAUCAUGAAUGCAGAUUCGAGAUGAAGAUGGGAAGUCUCAUCAGUCAUGUUCAACCCCAUAUGACAUGGAGACUUGCUAUGUUUUCCUCAAAACCACACAAUGCAGCAGAUGAAAGGAAAGUACACCAUAUAUCUAAAGUUCUGCAUGUAUUUAUACUCAUAUACAACCCUGCUUUACGUAUUUGUAAUAAAUAAAGCUUAAGACUAUU